AUAUCGAAAAGAAAAAAAAACAAAGGGAGUUAUUUUAAGCAUCCUAAUUUGUUCUCAGAAGAGAAGAAGAUGAUUCAGGAUUGACACCAUCUUUUAGGGUUUGAACUUCCAAUCCACAUUAAGAACACCAUAUUCUAGGGUUUCCGAACUUCCGUUUACCACUAAUUACGAAACAGUUUACUGUCAGCGAUUCAUUUCUGCUGAAAAAAUUCUUAACGAUGGCAAAAGCACUGGUUAUAGAUCAGAAUCUGACAUCAACUCUACAAAUCAAUGAUGAGGAAGAAGAAAAAGAAGACAGUGGGUAUGAUGCUGAUGUCACAGGUAACAAAAUUCCGGAGGAAACUAAUACCAGUAAUAGUAACACAGGAGCUAGACAAGGAGGAAGUCGUAAUAACGCUGCAACAGCUUUGAAGUCAAAAGCCAGUGAACUUACUCUUUCUUUUGAAGGCAAAGUUUAUGUCUUUCAUAAAGUUAAUCCGGAAAAGGUGCAAGCUGUGCUUUCAAUACUUGGAGGGAGUGAUAUACCUGAUGGCGGGCAAUGCCCACGCUGCUUGGAUGAUUCUCGCAGAAUUGCUUCUUUAGUUAGAUUUCGUGAAAAACGGAAAGACAGAUAUUAUGACAAGAAGUUUCGGAACAAUGCUCAUAAGAAGGUGGAACAGAAGAUGGAUAAGAAAAGUACAAAAUCUCCAAUUGAACUUAAUGAGACCUUCCAAACUGGAGGCAAUAUUCUUAUGGAAACUGAUAUUGGAGUUUCAAAGGAUAUUGAGGUACCAAAACUUGGCAUGAUUUUCCAGUCAGAUGAUGAAGCAUACGACUUUUACAAUCGUUAUGCUAGAUCCGUGGGAUUUAGUAUAAGGAAAAGUUCAUCCACACAUCGUUCGGAUAAGACAGUCUCGAGAAGAAUUUUUUGUUGCUCUAAAGAAGGUGUCUAUCGUGAACAUUCAAGGGGUGCUCCCAUGAAACCACGGUUACAAACACGAACUGAUUGUAAAGCAAGACUUGUGAUCAGAAUACAAGACGAUGGAAGUUAUUCAGUGGCAGAAUUUGUUCUUGAACAUAACCACGAACUUGUUCCUCCAUCUGAAGUUCACAUUUUGAGAUCACAUAGAAAGAUGCGAGAAGCCCAGACUGGAAUGUUCAACAAUUUGCAGCUUGUAGGAACUGGAGCCACUGGAUUUUACUCGUAUAUGAGUGCAGAAGAUGGGAAAACCCACAAUCUCAGUUUCACACAAGUGGAUUCAUCUAAUCACUUAGAUAAAAGAUCUAAAAACAUUUUGAUGGGAGAUGUGCAAAUCAUGUUAGAUUAUUUCAAUUGCAUGCAAAAGGAGAACCCAUAUUUCUUCUAUUCAAUACAAAUGGACAGUAAUAACCAAAUUUGCGGUUGUUUUUGGUCUGAUGCUAAAUCACGGAUCGAUUAUAGCUUUUUCAGUGAUGUGGUAUGGGUUGAGACCACAUUCAGGACUAGUGAUUAUGAUAAGCCAUGUGCCUUAUUUGUUGGUGUGAAUAAUCAUGGGCAAGCAAUUCCCUUUGGUUGUGCACUGUUGUGGGAGGAGACUGCAGAAUCUUUUGUAUGGUUGUUCCAAACAUUUUUGGAAGCAAUGAAUGGAAAACCACCCGAGUCAAUUUUUACAGACCAAGCCCCACAAAUAUCUGAUGCUGUUGGACGAGUACUUCCAAAUUCUCAUCACCGGCUAUGUCCGUGGCAUAUCUAUGAAAAUGCUUUGAGGCACCUCUCUGAUGUGUUUGAACAACACAAAUCCUUCGCACAAGAUUUUAAAAGUUGUAUAUGUGGCAAUGAGACUGAAGAGGAAUUUCAAUUUUGUUGGGAUGCAUUAGUGAAAAAGUACAACUUGGCAGAGAAUAAAUGGGUACAGGAUUUAUAUCUGCUCCGUGAGAAGUGGGCCCAAGUUUAUGGACAAGAAUACUUUUGUGCAGGUAUCACAAAUACCCAAAGAAGUGAAGGUAUGAACUUUGUUAAGAAGUAUUUCAAAAGGACUUUGACGUUACGGGAGUUUGUAGCUCAAUAUGAGAAGGCUGUUGCUAGUCGCCGAGAAAAGGAAAAGAACCAAGAUUCAGUUUCUAGGCAAACAAAACCAGAUUUAAGGAUUGCAUGGCCGGCAGUAGUACAAGCAGCAGAGAGAUACACAACCAAAAUAUUUACGUUAUUCCAAGAAGAGUAUGUUCGUACUUUAGAUUUGUUUGUAGAGUCACUUGGUGAAGAUGGGACAGUAUGCACAUAUAGAGUUUCAUCUUUUGAGAAUAUCAAGCCUCGGACUGUUACCUUUAACUCCUCUGACAAUUCAGUGAAGUGUUGCUGCAAGAAAUUCGAAAUUAUGGGGAUUUUAUGUGCUCAUGCUUUAAAAAUACUGCAUACUAGGCGGUUGCCUGAUCUUCCUCUGCAGUACUAUUUGAAUAGGUGGACCAGGGAUGCAAGAGCUGGUGCUGUAGUUGACGACUUUAGAAAGUCAUUACCUGUUAAUUGUCGCUCAUCCUUGACUUUGCGAUAUGCUGACUUGGCAUACAUGUCACUCACAAUUGCUGUUAAGGGAUCAAGCACUGAAAAUUCUUCUGGUUUUACCAAAGUAUUACUAGUGCAGGUGCUAGAAGAGCUAGAUAAUUUUCUAAAGUUUGACUCAGAUCAGGGAAGAUUCUUUGAAGAUAUGAGAAAUGCAAAUCAUGAAAAAGUGAGUAGAGAGCGUGUUGUCGAUCAUUCUUGUGCAGACACAGUGUCGCGCAAGAAAGCGAAGGAUAAAGCGAGUGGUAAAAUCAAAAGCCCAUUAGGUAAGGGGAAAAAGAGAGAUAAUACACAACUACAGCCAACAGGUACCGAUGGACAAGUUGGGCACGUGUCAGUUGGAGCAACUACGACUACGUCCGGGCCACUGAUGGUUUCUGUACCCUCGAGUGUCCCUUUUUACCCUGCCAGACCGUGGAAUUUACCUCAUUACUCCCAGGGAUCGAUCGAGCAAGUGGAGCAGGCUACCGUUACACGAUCUGAAAAUGAUAGCACUCAAUGUAGAAUAAUGUCAGGAGGAUGGAGUGGUCCACCUUCAUGCCCUAGUGAGAUGCUUCCACCAAAUGUCAUGGGGUGCCCAGAUACUUCUGAUCCUCAUCGUCUUUCUUUCCACGCAGCUGGACCUUCAACUUUGCCACAAAUGCCAUGUAUAUACCCGCACGUAUAUACUGAGGAAUCAAACAGACUGGUAGAUCAAACAAUGUUACAGGACGGAGCUGGUAGCAAUAACCAGUCAAACCAGGGAUUUAUCGGAUUCCUGAGUCAACGUUCUAACCCGCAUAGACUGUCAGAAUCGUCAAUGCCUCAAGAUAUUUUAGAUCCACCUGCUCCAUAGAUAAAAUGUUGUGUACACUGAGGUUGCCUACCGUAGCAGUGUGGAGGAUACAUACUGUAGAGGAGACGAACUCAAGUAACAUGCGUAUUGCACUCUCAAUAUUGCAGCUGAAGCUCAAAUAGAACAUCCUCUAGAUAGUAAGUAAUUCCUGCUUUAAGGUAAUAUGCAGUUCAGAAUAUAUCAUCAUCAUCAUCUUAACCUCUUUUUACUCUUUCUAAGCACCUCCACUGCAUACCAUAUGAAAAAAACUGAACUGGUGAGCAAUAAAUUGUUGGAAAGUGCACUACCCCGCUGUAUCAUAUAGAAUUGAAAUUUGUGCACCCUCUGAAAAUCGGGGUGCAGAUUCCUCACCUUCUUAUUGGAUGGUGGGGUGAAAGUGAAAUAUUCUUUAAUUGAUGAAUCAUGUAAUAUCGAACUACUAUGACAAUUUGACUCCAACUUCUAUUACUGUCUUAGUCGUAUGGCCUCGUCUUAGCCAUUAACACCUCAAUGCUACUUCACUGCCACUACUUUAAGAGCAACCCUCAGUAUCCCUGCGAUAUCACCAAGUUCUGCAUUCUUACUUUGGCAUAUGCCACAUUGGCAUAUGCAAGUGUACUUGGUUCUGGUGAGUUUCAUUACAUCAGUAGUCAUGAAGCUCUUUUGUUGUAAAUUUUUCUUUGAAUUUAACCAAUAUUAGUCACGACAAAUAAACUUUUACUUAUAUGUAUAAUGAAUGAUUAUGGGUUUUUAUUUUUUUCUUCGAA